GAAACAGCACUUUGUUUAGCUAAUCUGACACUGAAACUUCCCCCAAGAGACACAGCAUUAGACGAUCUACAGACACACAGACGAGCCAAUUUGUGAUCAUAACAACUUGAAGAAAUCAGCAACAUCUCCAACAAGUCAUGGCAGACCUUGGCAUCAAAGCUGGGGACAAGGUGAUGCUGGUUUGGACUCAGCCCUCGGCACCAGGAGCCCUGAAACAGUAUGUAGAGGAACUGGGGGCCCUGGUUGGUGAGGACUGCAAAGUGUCAGUGGAGAACAUGGAGAGACUACAGCUGUCCUCCUAUUCAGCGUCCAGCUUUGACUGGGUGCUCUCGUGUCCUCUGGCUGACUGCACCCCCGUCCACAGUUCAGAGACUCUAGCAGAGAUGGCCAGACUGCUCAAACCUGGUGGGAAGCUGGUUCUGGAUGAAGCCGUUACAGGAUCUGAGGGGCAGAGUGUGCGGACUGCUGAGAAGCUGAUUUCAGCUCUGACGUUAUCAGGCUUCGUGUCAGCGACAGAGGUCAGUAAAACAAAGCUAAGCCCUGAGGCGUUGAGCUCCUUUUGUACGUCCACUGGUUACCAAGGAGACAAUCUGUCUAGAGUCCGCAUAUCGGCCUCCAAACCCAGCUUUGAGGUGGGAUCGUCCAGCCAGAUCAAACUGUCAUUUGGGAAAAAGCCAGCAGAGAAACCUGCUCUGGAUCCCAACACUGUCAAAAUGUGGACACUGUCAGCCAAUGACAUGGAUGACGAUGAUGUGGAUCUGGUGGACUCAGAUGCUCUGCUGGAUGAAGAUGACUUGAAGAAGCCAGACCCAGUAUCUCUUAAAGCCCCCACAUGUGGAGAAGGAGCCACCAAGAAGAAAGCCUGCAAGAACUGCACAUGUGGGCUUGCUGAGGAGUUGGAGCAGGACAGUAAAGCAAAACAGAAGACGAACCUGCCAAAAUCUUCCUGUGGAAGUUGUUACCUUGGCGAUGCGUUCCGAUGUGCCAGCUGUCCGUACAUGGGGAUGCCAGCGUUCAAACCAGGAGAGAAGAUCGUGCUGGACAACAUGACGCUGACAGAUGCUUGAGACUCAAGCUCCACACAUCCUACCGCUCAUGCCUCAAAAUAUUACAUUCCUCCCCCCCCCUCCCUGAAACACCCCUA